CAAUUCACCAAUGAAGGACUCGAAAUGCGUGUUUGUGGGCAACAUUUCGUACGAUGUCACCGAGCAGGAAGUCAUCGAUCUGUGCAGCCAAGUCGGUCCCGUCAUCUCAUUCAGAUUGGUGUUUGACCGCGACACCGGCAAGCCCAAAGGCUUUGGCUUUUGCGAGUACACGGACGCCGAAACCGCCCAAAGCGCCAUUCGCAACCUGAACGACCUCGAGCUCAAGGGCCGUCGCAUCCGUGUUGACUUUGCGGAAAGUGAUGCUGUUAUCAAGUUUGGCGGAAACACCGAUCGCGGUGAUCGCGGCGGCGGCGACCGUGCCGAGCGUGGCGAGCGGCCAGGUCCCGGAAUGCAUGUGUCAAAGUUUCAGCAAGACAGUGCGCCCAUGGACGUUGCUUCGCGUGCUGCUCCCCAACACAACCCGUACCAGGCGGCUGGACCAGUUUAUGGACAAGCUCCUCCCGCCGGUGGCCCGCCGGCUGCAGAAAGCAUCAACACAACCUUGGCCAGUAUGCCACCCGCUCAGAUCUUUGAAUUUCUUAAGCAAAUGAAGCAAUUUAUCACUGGGUCUCCCGAGCAAGCCCGGCAAACACUCAUGUUCAACCCCCAACUGGCGUAUGCGCUUCUUCAGGCACAGCUUCAACUGGGAUUGGUUGAUCCUGAAGUGGCAAAGAAAAUGAUUGCAUCCAUUCCUCAAACCUCAAAGAGCAUGCAGCCUCCAUCUCAUUCGCAUGGCGGUCCGUCGUUUGUGCCGGGCCCGCAAGCACCCCCACAAAUGCACAUGGGCGGCCCACCGCCAAAUCAGCCACCGCCGCCAUCUUUCGGCCCGCAAGGGAUGCACCACCAAGCCCCGCCAUCCCAGGGCAUGGGUAUGAUGCCAGGUCAGCAUAUGGGUCACAUGGGAGGCAUGGGAGGUGCACCAUCGUCCCAGCAGAAUAUGCCACCAAUGAACAUGGGCCAGAUGCCCGCGCCAAGCGGCAUGAUGCACCAAUCUGCACCACUGAUGGCUGGUCCACCGCCACCACCCAUGGGCGGAGGCGCUCCCAUGACGCAAGAACACCAGUUGUUGAUGCAGCUCAUGGCACUCACUCCACAGCAAAUCGAUAUGCUACCGCCGGAUCAACGCGCGGCUGUACACGCCUUGCGAAGCCAAGUGGGAGCACAAUAAGCCAACGAUGUUGUUUGA